AUCUUCUGUACCGUAGUUAGACACCUGUGCGACUGGGGAGAUAUGAAGUCUUCUCUCGCUCUCUCGCUGUGCUUCCUCGCCGGGGGGGCCCAAGCGUUCGUCGGCCAUGUCCCCGUCUCGCAGCCUCGAUCCCCGUGGGGGGGGUUUUCCUCCUCGUCCUCGGUAGCAACGAGAGCAGCAGCAUCGGUGCCGGCGCCAAGAGCGGAGAGGAGGACCGCCGGGCGGGUUGUGGUGACGAAGAUGGGGUGGGGAGACGACGUGGUCUUCAGUAAGGCCAAGGUAGUCGAGACGGGCAAGAUCGCAGAGGGCCAGUACGCGCUGACGAUCGACGCCGGGGACAUCGCCAAGGAGUACACGGCACCGGGCCAGUACGUGCAGAUCAAGGUGACCUCCAGCGCUAAGCCGGGCUUCUUCGCGAUCGCCUCUCCCCCGGAUGCCAGCAGCGGCUCCCUGGAGUUCCUGAUCAAGGAGAACGACGCAACGAAGGCGUUGGUCGGGGUCAAGGCCGGGGGCUCCGUGGAGGUUUCUACCGUCAUGGGCAAGGGGUUCCCCAUCAAGGAGAACUUCACCGGAUACAAGUAUGACUUCCCCGUGCAGAACGUCGUGCUGUCGGCGUCGGGCACCGGCAUCGCUCCUUUCCGCGCGGCAAUCGAGUCCGGGGCGCUGGAGCUGCCGGAUGCCGAUGAUGACGGGGUGUUUGGUCGCUCGUGCAAGCUCUACUGGGGCUGCCGCGACGAGGAGAGCAUGCCGUGGAAGGACCGGGUGGAGGCGUGGGACAAGCGGGGGGUCGAGGUGGUGGUCGUCCUCUCUCAGCCAAGCGAGUCCUGGACCGGCCGAACGGGUUUCGUGCAGCAGGCCAUCAAGGAGGAAGGCAUCCCCCUGCCGCGCAACAGCGCGGUGCUCGUAUGCGGGCACAAGGAGAUGGCGGAAGAAGUGAAGGAGAUUGCCGAAAAGGCCGGCGUGCUGGAUGGCCGAGUACUCUCCAACUUCUAGUUUUGGAGUGUUGGUGUCGUUUUUGGUCUCGCUCGUCUGUUCGUGUUUUUUUGCGCGAGAAACGAUGA